AUGUCAUUAGCUAGUUUCUAUACCAAAACAUUUGGCCUUGGUGCUAUCAUUGGCGCAAGUAUGGAAGUUUUGUUAAUAAAAAGCAAUUACUACCAAAUGUUGGCUGCUGCAGAAGCUAAACAAAAACGAAAACAACUUUUAGAAGAACAAGAGGCGAGAGAACGAAUGACACGACUGACAAGCCAAUCUUAA